GCGGGCGGACGGGCGCGCUGCUUCAGCAGCCCUCCAAGGGGAGACGCGGUGGGAGCGGCUCAAAAGAGAGGCCGGCAGGCGAUGACCCUGUCGGCAUCGGACAUUUCCCCGUCAUCCCGGAGGUAACAUCCGCCAUGAGCCAGGCACCUAGCGGGGGCUCUCCUGCCACCGCCUCGCCUCGCCUGCUUCCGGAGGGGAGCAGCAGCCGAAACAAGCAGCAGCAGCAGCAGCAGCGAGCCUCCUCUCCGGGCAGACCGAAGGAUUCCCCCGCCCGCCAGCCCUCCCCAGCCGCUAACGCCUCUCGCUCCACAGCGGCGGCUGCAGCGGCUGCCUCCAAAGGAAGCUCCUUCCGGCAGCAGCAGGCGCCGCAGCCGCCGCCAGGGCAGAAGCCCAGCCGGGCGAAGGGAGGCGGAGUGGGAGGAGACAAGCCGUCCGCGCAGGCUGCGCCGGGAAAGAGCGCGGGGCCACUGGGAGCUGUCCAGGCCGGGGAUGGUGCUGAAGCGCAGCCCGCCUCGCCUCUGGUCCCGGCAGGAGGGAGCUCCACGCCGAAUCCAGGGCCCGCCGGUGACAAGCGGGAGGCGCAACCCAAGGAGCCCGAGUCUACGGCGGCCAGGGCCAGGGAGCAGCAGAGCCCGGCUGGAGCGGACGUGGAAAGGGACGGCGCCUUUGCCCUUUUCCAACCAGCAGCCAAGAGCGGCAACCGGGGUAAAGCAGGCAGGCCUCUGCAGAAGGGUGGAGGGGAGGCAGCCCCAGCUCCUCCAUCUGCGUGUGGCCAAGGGAAAGGCCGGGCCCUGGCUGUGGGCAGUGGAGGUGGCUACUGGAAGGAAGGAUGCUUGCAAAGUGAACUCAUCCAGUUCCAUCUCAGGAAAGGGCUGGUGGCAGCCCAGAUGCAAAACAAAGGUAACAACCAGGGCGAUGGCAAUGGGGGUGCCUCGGCGACUGAAGAGACCCAGCCUGCCUCCUCUUCCUCCUUGACCAGACUAACAAUGGGGCCACCUGGGACUGAAGAGGGCAGUGGCCCCAGCAGAACCACUGAAGGCACGUUGAACCUGAAUCCUUGGCGGCAGCAGGAGCUGCAGGAGGAGGUGGAGAAACUGCAGGAGGAGAAUGAGACCCUAAAGAAUGAGAUUGAUGAGCUAAGGACUGAGAUGGAUGAGAUGAGGGACAGCUUCUUUGAAGAAGAUGCAUGCCAGCUACAGGAAAUGAGGCAUGAAUUGGAGAGGGCCAGCAAAAACUGCAGGAUUCUUCAGUAUCGCCUUCGGAAAGCAGAGCGCAAACGGCUCCGUUACGCACAGACUGGGGAGAUUGAUGGAGAACUUCUGCGUAGCUUGGAGCAGGACCUGAAGGUUGCAAAGGAUGUUUCUGUGAGGCUUCACAAUGAGUUGGAAAAUGUGGAAGAGAAACGUACUACCACAGAAGAGGAAAAUGAGAAGUUAAGGCAGCAGUUGAUAGAAGUAGAGAUUGCUAAGCAGGCUCUGCAGAACGAAUUUGACAAGAUGAAAGAGCUGUCCAUGAAAAGAAGAGGAAGUAAAGAUUUGCAGAAAUCAGACAAAAAGACGCAGCAAACACCCACUGAGGAAGACAAUGAAGAUCUGAAAUGCCAGUUGCAAUUCAUCAAAGAGGAAGCUGCCCUGAUGAGGAAAAAGCUGGCUAAGGUAGACAAGGAAAAGGACAGAUUUGAACAUGAGCUGCAAAAGUACAGAUCAUUUUAUGGUGAUCUAGACAGUCCCUUACCCAAAGGAGAAGCUGGAGGCCCACCUACCACAAGAGAGUCAGAACUCAAGCUCCGUCUCAGGUUAGUAGAGGAAGAAGCCAAUAUUCUGGGAAGAAAAAUAGUUGAACUGGAAGUUGAAAACAGAGGGCUGAAGGCUGAACUGGAUGACUUAAGGGGAGAUGAUUUCUCAGGGGCAGCCAACUCUAUGAUGGGGGAGCAGAAUGAAUCUCUCUCUGAAUUACGACAGCAUCUGCAGUUAGUUGAAGAUGAGACUGAACUGUUGAGGCGGAACUUGGCUGAUGCUGAAGAGCAAAACAAGCGCAUCACGGCAGAGCUGAACAAAUAUAAAUACAAGACUGGCAGUCAUGAGAGCUCAAGGCACCAUGAUAAUGCCAAGAUGGAAGCACUGCAGGAAGAACUCAAAGCUUCCCGCUUGCAGAUCAAUGAGCUCAGUGGUAAAGUCAUGCAACUUCAGUAUGAAAACAAAAUCCUGAUGUCCAACAUGCAGCGCUAUGACCUGGCCUCUCACCUUGGAAUCCGGGGUAGUCCCAGAGACAGCGAUGCUGAAAGUGAUGCAGGGAAGAAAGAAAGCGAUGAUGAUUCUCGUCCCCCGCACCGCAAGAGAGAAGGGCCCAUUGGUGGGGAGAGUGACUCAGAGGAGGUCCGCAGCAUCCGUUGCUUGACCCCCACUAGAUCUUUCUAUUCCCCACCAGCGGGAUGGCAGAAAAGUUUCACGGACCGGCAACAAAUGAAGGACAUCCGCUGUGAAGCGGAACGACUGAGCAAGACAAUAGACCGCCUGAUUUCGGACACCAGCACCAUCAUAACCGAGGCAAGAAUUUUUGUGGCAAAUGGGGACCUCUUUAGAAUCAUGGAGGAUGAAGAUGAUGGCAGUCGGAUACGGGAACAUGAACUUCUUUACCGGAUAAAUGCCCAGAUGAAGGCAUUUAGGAAAGAGCUCCAGGCCUUUAUCGACAGACUAGAAGUUCCGAAGUCUUCAGAUGAUCAAAGUACAGAUGAACCUUUGUCAGUGAGUCAGAUGUUCCAGCCUAUCAUUUUACUUAUUCUCAUCCUUGUAUUAUUUUCAUCCCUUUCUUACACAACAAUAUUUAAACUUGUCUUCCUUUUCACACUGUUCUUUGUGCUGUAGACCUUUUCAUCAUUUUACCAUUCAUUGUAGCUUAUUUUCAGUUUGUUUUAUUUUGUCCAUCAUCCCAAGAUAAGAAAUUCAAGAACUAUAGUUUCCAUAGU